ACUGUCAGUACACUGAUAAUGCUGCUCCCCGCCUGACUGUUAUUACCAAAACCCGUUGCUCUUAUAAACUAUAUUUUAAUACGUUUACAUAUCGUUCAUCAAUGUGUUUUGUACAGUAAACAUAAGUAACGGCAGCUAUCAACUGGAAUAUUUACGAAAAACCAGUGCAAUUUGCAUUGCGAAGAAACGCAUGUUAACAAUUGAGGUACUCAUUUAAAGUUCCAGUAUCAUAUAUGUGUAUAAAAGUGAGAAGAAUCAUAAAAAUUCGAAGCUGUCGAUUUAUGAGGCUGGCAUAUCAUUAUAUCGAAUACCAUAAACCAUAAUACAUCAGACAGGUUACGUGCUUUAAGAUGUACGCGGAAGCUAUGUUUUGAAAGCAUAUAAAUUGGCAUGUAAAACGAAUACGGCUGCGGAACACACACUGUUGGAAUAUCAGCAUUGAUCGGUACAAAAUGGACUCGCUUUUCAGAAUGCGUCGAUCCUCGCCUGCCAUGAAUCAAAGCAAUCAAGAACCGCUCAUUGUUGUGGAAGAGUCGGAGAGUUGUGAAAAAGAAGAGGAGACAAGUUACACAUCAACCCCUCGACAGAGUCUGGAUAUAGACUCACCUGAAAAUCCAUACUUGCUAUCUCCGUGGCGUGAUCCACGGGAAACACGCAAACAUUCCUUACCAACACCACCAUGCACUAGUGGUAUAACCGCCAGUCAAGUUCGACGUUUAUCAGAACGAGGUGGCGAAGGAUCUGGCCCCUCUCCUCGUGAACAGGCUUUUCUUGCUACGUUAUACAGUGCACCUGCCCCACAGCCAGGUGGUCGAAGGCACUCAGUUGUUACGAUCAGCAAAGUUCCACCAACCAUUUUUGGACGUAAUCGCAGAGAAUCGAUUGCAGCGCUUCCUGCAGAACAGAGAUCUACAGCAAGCUCUCGUCGGGAAAGCAAAACAGGUCCACCUCCAUCGACAGAUCAUAGAGGUAGUAUACAUAAUUUACAAUUAGAUAUUAUGGAUGACAUAGUCCAAGCCAGAAAGGCACGUAUGAAGUUGUGGAAUACAAGCAAUGAAAAAGUAUGUGAAGUUCAAACGCUGGAUGAAGCUGGUGGUGGUUCAAGUUCACCGAUGCGUUACACGAAUAGGCGUUAUUCGGAUUUCGUGGGUACGACUUUACCACCAAUACAGUCAUUCAGGCGUGCUUCCGAGAUGCCUAUUUCUCCAUCAAAUCCGCUAGCACCGGCAACAGCGUCAUCAAAAUCGAUCAUAUCUCCAAAAACAACCAUUAAGUCGGGAAUAGUCUGUACAAAUACUGAUUUAAUAUCUCUUCUAUCGUCCCUAGCUUCAUCGGCAACAGAAAUAAAUAGAUGUGGCGAUAAAGAUUAUCCAACUCCCCAAACCCCUCAAUCAUCACCAUCAUUUAAAUCCAUCAUAAAAACCCCUCAAGAACAACAAUUAAGCGGCAGCAAUCUGAAGAAAAAUCGCUCUAACAGUUUCGAUAUUUCUCUUUAUAACAAUAUUAAGCAAUUAGCGAGCAGUUCGUCUACGAAUGCGACUGAUCCAGAAAAGUCUACGGUGGAACCAGGGUGGUUCACCAAGAGACAUCAGCCGAUGGCUCGACGAAAGUCAAUGAAAUCGCCUAAUACGACAGUUUCAUUUGCCAAAGAAGUAAUAGAUAAGUUUCGGGAUAAGGCCGAUGCCAAAGGAGAUGAAGAUAAAUCCAAGCCCAAAGAAUCACGGUCACCAUUAAGCAAGUUGAAGUGGGACGGUAGAAGUGCUAUCGUAGACGCACGCAUGAUCGGGCACGCGAUUGAAAAUUUCAUCACUGGUUCUAGUUCAUCCAAAAAGAGUUCGAAAGAUUCCUCAUCGAAAUCGCCGAAAAAACCUUCAUCUGGUUGGUUUGGUAAAGCAGAUGACGAUGACCAAAAUGAUAAAUGUGACUCAUCAAUUUGCUCAACUCUCAAAGAUCUUUUCGUGAAGUAAAAACCGGCACAAGAGAGUAGCUUCUGCGGAAAUUAAUAGUCUGCUCUUGCAAAGGAAAACGAACCUACUUAAGACAGAGAUGCAGUCAAUACUGUCCUCGAAAACAAUAAUUUCUUCGUGCAAUGCUUCUAGGUGCCAUCCAUCCGUAAUAGCUGCCACCGAAGCCGAAUGGUCUCAGAGAAAAAGACCGAGAAAUAUCAAAAAUAACUGUUCCUGUAAAAAGUAAAACCACAAAACGGGUUUCCUGUAGAAGCAAACGAAAUAAGCACUAAACACAUAUAAUACAUAAUAUAUUUUCAAAUUCCUCACAAACAAUUUUUGUUUUAAGAGCACUUAAGAACGAUCAUCGCAAUCAUACGUCCACUCCCUCACAAGUCACUACAACAUAACAUCGUGAUUGGCGAUUUUCAUUUUAAUAAAUAAUAGUACGUUCAUGUGGCGUCACCUAUUGAUGGUUAUCCGAGUUAGUAACGCACAAAAGAAUGAAUUUCUGCUCCAGUAUUCACAUGUUUAGUGACAUCAUGUUGCAUAUUCACAUGAUAGCAUGAAUUAGUAAAACAAAAUUGAUUGACGUAAUUAACAAUCGAAAACCUUGAAUGAAAUCAAAUUUUCGUUGCAAUUCGCCUCUAAAUGUUUAUAUAGUUUGCGUCGAAAUAUAUGUACAGUAAAACCUGUUUUUGUGCGUUUUUUUUGUGUGAUUUUCUGCUCUUGUGCGGUUUUUUUUGUGCGAUUUUUUUUGUGCGGUGUAUGAAAAGAAGCAUAUUUGACGAAGUUAUCGUCCAUUUAGUUUUUUUUCGAUAGUUUAUAUGCAUUUCAGUGCGGAUAAAGCAUAUUUACGUCUCAAUUGACCGCUUCUGAAAUCAUUCCCCUCCUCUCAUCAAAUGCUCUAAGUUUUUCUAAGUUUUUGCAUGACAUGAUUUCUAAAGGCGGAAUUCCAUCUAUUCAACGUGCUACAUGCUACAAGUCAAUGGUUUUGCUUAUUGGAGAGUCUCUUUUCACGCCAUUAUUGGUCUUGUCGAGCAAUGUUGGCCUUAUCUAAUGGCAUGCGGAUCGGUGCGGCGUGUGUAGCACGACAAUGUUGGAGCAACUACGUCAUUUGUUGACGAUUAUAACUUACGACAAUAAUGUAACAACAGAAUGUUUGAUCAUAAAAACAAAAACAUCAGAACAGAUAUGUUGGAGCAGUGAGCGUUCGCAUACUGCUGUGUAGUGGCUGAGGUGGAAAAAAAUAAAAAAAAUGCGCAAGUAUCAUAUCCAUUGUUGUUUACAAUUGACUUGUAGCAUGUAGCAUGUUGAAUAUAUGGAAUUCCGCCUUAACAGCAGCACGUUUCGACAUGCGACUAAAAGCACAAAACAGUCACGCGCAACCGAAGAGGCAAAGUGUCCCAUCGCAAAGCAGGGAAACAAAAGGAUAUUGAACGAUGAAUGGCGUGGAUUUGAGUUAUUUUCUUGGGGGAAUUUUUUUUAUGCGGUCCCUAUCUACCGCACAAAAAAAAGUUUUUAUUCAAAAUGUGUACCGAACAUGAUUUUUUAAAGCUUCUGGUGAAGUUUUGCACGAUUUUUUAUACGACUUUUUUGUGCGGUCCUAUCCCCCGCACAAAAAAGGUUUGCCUGUAAUAUACAGGGAGAUCAAUAAGUUAGAAUACACUUUAAAAAUUAACAUACAAGAUAUCCUUUACUGCGUCAAUUUUGAUUGAGGCAAUUUUUAUUAAGAACCUUUACGACGUAAUAACUGGAAGCACCUCCCCUUUGUGCUGUAUUACAAGCUUGAGACAUUUCUCAAUAGAAUCGCAUGCGGCACGCACCUGGUCCAUCAGCAUCUCGUCCCAGAUCUUGGAAAUGAGAUUCUUCAAUUAGUCCAUAGUGCUCACUUUAUGUUCGCUCUGCUUGGCUAGCAUGUGGAUUUUUAUGUGGGACGAGGGGAUGCUGGCCUAAGUGCGGCGCCCACAGUCGAUCAUUGUGCACAUUGUGCGGCUGUUGCAAGAAAAAGAGCAUCUCAUCAGAAAACAAGAACUACUAACCUGCGUGCCGCGAAAGUAUCAGUUUGGCUCUGUCCAACCUCUUCUUCACCCCUUGUACGGUGUGUAUCCCAAGUAUUUCGUCAUAAUGGUGUGGGCAAUCCCGAUCGACACAUCCAGGUCAACCGCAAUCUUUCGGAUCGAGCGGUUCAUUUUUCGACGAACCCGCUCCCUCACCACCUUGAUGGUUGCUGGCGUCCUCGCCGUACACGACCGCCUGGAUCUCGCACACCUACACAAUGAUGAAAGGUUGUAUGCGAACUUAUUGAACACCCUAUUGUCCCCUUUUUUAUUCAUCAUCCCUAGAAGUUCUGGAAAUAAUGAUAAACAGGUGGAUCUUUCAAAAUUUUGUAUUAGCUUCUGCAUCAAUUCAAAUAUUUGUUUAGAGUAUCCGCCUAGUUACAACUUACAACACAUUCUCAGCCCAUAUAUUUUCAAGGACUCCAAGACGUGGUUUUUCUCUUUGUAUUUUGAGUCAACCUAAAUUUAACACACUCAAAAAGAUGUUUCUUCAUUUUGAAGCCAUUUGACUUACUGUGAAGAAGGCACGUGAUUUUGUCUUUAUCUUUAACCCCUUCACGUAUAACGUCGAACCACACUCGUGACGAUUAUACUGCGCCAGAACGUACAACAUCGAACCUCACUCGUUGUUUCUCAAUGUGAGAUAAUUACACUAACGAUACCAUGAUUGUUAUUCUCCAUUAAUUUUUCUAAAGCCUUCAAAACAUUCUAUUCACAUAGAUAGUCAUAGUGUUGCAUGAGAGGUAUGCUAUCUGUUUUCGAUAGAUGCUUUCAAAAUUUAAAAAUUUCAAUUCGAUUUUGAAAACGUUCAUCAAUUUUGAUGGUUUCUUACUUUCCGAGGCAGAUAACUCUCACAGUUUUUUAACAGGAGUGAUGUUGAGAGAUUGUGGUAUCAACAACCUUUGAGCUAUUGUAAUGCAAUGUACGAUCUUCAUGUGCCCCAUGGUUUUGGGUCAUAUACAAUCCCAUUUCGGUAAAACUUUGCUUCAUAUUUUCCUUCAGGCUGUUCAAGUAAACAUUUUGAUCCAUAAGGUGUGGUAUACAAAUUAGGUAACGCUAAAAUGUACCAGGUAAACUGGAUAGUUGAAACGUCUUGAAGAAAGGCUUUUUCUAUAUCCACCAUGAACAUGACUGUGGUUUUUAAGAGAUGUGUCCACGAUGAAAGCCAAAUUACACGUCAAGGAACACAUCUCAAACAAUUUUCAUACCGACGAGAGGAGACUGAUCGGACGAUAGCGUGAAGGUACGUAAUACUGUUCUUCUAGACACCUCCCAGGUUGCUGGUAAAUAUCCUAGUUCCAUACAACGGUUAAAGACGUUCGCUAGGAGAAUGAGCGAUUUGGGCCUCGGGUUUUUGAGGACAAAUGCACAUCGGAUAUUUUUGAUGGCUUGGGGAGCUUCGUUUUUCAUAAUCCGCUGUUUCUGGCAAGCUCGUUUGGCACGAACGCAAGUUGAGCAUCGCUCGACCCAGUUCGUGAGCUGCUUUGGGAUGACUAGAUAUACCGUUAAGUGCGAUUCACAUACAACAUCCACGUCAAGUUCACGUCCCGUCACGUCACGUUACGUCAGUUAUUUUACCAUGCAAUUCUUAUGAAAACAUUCACAUACACAGGCAACGUAACGACCCGUCAGCAUACGUUCAACGAAAGCAACCGGCAGGAUUUGUAGAAAAGAAUAAUUGACGGAGAGGGACGGUUCGUUGGGUUUUUGUCUGGGCUUUGUGUCUUGGCUUUUGUUUUGAUUUUAGUUGUAUUUUUCAUUCCAACAUACCUCCUAGUUCUAAAUUUCGGAGUAAAAAUCAUUCGCGACUAGCUGAGAAAAAUAGUGUACAUAUUAUAAUAACAAUAAUGAAUAAGUGUUGGGGCUACGGGGUUUAAUGAUUUUCAUUUAUUUUUUUCCAAAUUUAGAACUGAUUUUAGGUAUGCUGAUACGAAAGAAGGCAUUGCAAUUCAAUACUGUUGCAGGUGGCGACAUUAUGAAUAACAUUGAAUAAAUCAUUUGUUUGACAUUUAACGUGACAGUGCUGCUGCAAGCGUAUACUGCAUGUGUGAAUUGGUGGAGACGGUGACGGAACGUGGACGUUCUUUUCCGUAACGUUCUAUGUAAAUCGCACAUUAACCUUUUCAAUGGAUGUUAGGUACAAUCAGUGGCGUAGUGUACAGGGGGCGGUCUGCCCAAAACCCAAGACAAUGAUAAUUAUAUUAUGUUAUUUCGAAAAAAAUACUUCCAAAAUUUAUAGAUUAUUCUUUGUUUAUUUUAUAGAAUAUUUAUACUUGAUAGUUCAUUCGCUUCUGCUCAGUGAUUGGUGGUAUUGUUUAGUGAGGAAUUUCUUCAUGGAAAAGUUUACAAUCUUUCUUGAAUUUUGUACAGUUUUGGAUGAGAUUUGAGAUCUAACACAGAGCUAUUUGCCAAUCAGAGGAUUAUCUCUGAGGAACGGUGUGGUCAGACUCAGUGCACUUGAAAUUCUUCUUGCUGCCAAAAAAACUAUCGUUGUCAUUGGGAAAUACAAUAUAGUUUUCCGCUAAUUGGGCGGAAGGCACAGCCCAGUUAUCGAAUUACUGGGCAAACUUUUCAAACGUCUAAAAACACCGAGGGGAACGUCAAUGAUGCACUCAAAAAUAUUUAUUGAAAAAUAUGGGAGGGCAAAACAAAAACUACACUGAAAGAAAUAAUUAGUAAAUAUAACGAACUUUUCGAAAAAUGGUUGCAUUUUUCUUGUCAUUUUUUACCGUGAUAUUUAUUAAUUUGGUCUACAAUGAGAAAUUGUUAAACAUAUAUGUCAAGCAGCACCAUGAUUCGAAAGCCGAAUAUCGGCUAAAUUUACCCAGUGAAAAUAUACGUGUUACAAUUAAAUCAAAACUCUUACCUCUCACCUUACCGUAUUGCCUUAUGCAAACAAUAAAAAUAUUUAAUACGCACUUUUCACACCACAGUCUAAGAGACUAACCUUAUUAUCCAUUGAAUCUGACAUUCAUUUUACAAAACAGCAAACAUUAAACCGCUCAACUUGGCAUAUUAGAAAUCGUAUAUAAAGUGAGAUCGAAUCAAAAUCUUAUACAAUGUCGAUCAAAGGAUACAUUGUGUACAUUUAAAAUCAUAUAAAAUGCGAAAACCAGUAUUUCAUUGUUCACUAAAGAUUAAGUCUUAAUUAGAUAUAACAAACAUCGCUUUUAUGAUAUACGCUAUCGCAAAACCGAUUUAUACGAAAUCAUUUAUGCAUAUCAGGCUGAUGUAGUUUGAAAUUCGCAUGAACAUAUAGAUUUAAUCAAUGCAGUACUGCCUAAAAAUUGUAUUACCACAGCAAACAUUAAAUCGUAUAACUUUUGCACAUGCUACGUCGCAUAUAAAUUCGUAUCAAAUAACAAUCGUAUAAAAUAUCAAUUAAAGGAUGCAUCAUGUAUAUCCGAAAUCGUAUAGAAUGCCAAAACACGAUUUCCUAUAUCAUUGAUGGAGUCGUAUAUUGGCAUAACGAUCAUCCUAGUAUCGCGAUAAGCAAUAUUAUAAUGUCGAGUCAAAUCGCAUAUCAGUGUAAAAAGCAUCGUAUAUCCUUAUAUACGGCGUUGUAUGCGUAUAAAAUAUAGCAUCAUCGUAUAUCGUCUCCACUUUGCGUGUAUAUGCCAGUUAUAUGCAUCAUAUAUCAUCCAAAUUUAGUGCACCCGUGGCCGAGUGGUUAGCGUCUCACAUUAUCAUGCAGGGUGUUCGGGUUCGAUUCCCGUUCUGGCCGGGGGAUUUUUCGUCAAAGAAAUUUCCUUCGACUUUGCACUGUGGUCACGCGUAUUCACGAAUUUGCCCCUCGGAAUACAUUCAAGGCGUGUUAUUUGGCUUAAGAAAUCUUAACUAAGUAUUAACAAAUGACGCUAGUUAAUGCAUACGUUGAGACGGCAAAAGUUCGGUAUAUAUAUAUAUAUAUAUAUAUAUAUAUAUAUAUAUAUAUAUAUAUAUAUAUAUAUAUAUAUAUAUAUAUAUAUAUAUAUAUAUAUAUAUACAUCGACGACGAAUUUGGAUGAUAUAUGAUGCAUAUAACUGGCAUAUACACGCAAAGUGGAGACGGUAUACGAUGAUGCUAUAUUUUAUACGCAUACAACGCCGUAUAUAAGGAUGUACGAUGCUUUUUACACUGAUAUGCGAUUUGACUCGACAUUAUAAUAUUGCUUAUCGCGAUACUAGGAUGAUCGUUAUGCCAAUAUACGACUCCAUCAAUGAUAUAGGAAAUCGUGUUUUGGCAUUCUAUACGAUUUCGGAUAUACAUGAUGCAUCCUUUAAUUGAUAUUUUAUACGAUUGUUAUUUGAUACGAAUUUAUAUGCGACGUAGCA